CUUGUAUUAUGGCCGGAAGACUCUGGUGGUGAUGGGCAUUAACACGCCCAGCUGAGAAAAAAUAGCAGAGAAGUUUCAAUUUUGGUAAUCUGUUUGCUUAUCCGAAGAAAAGUUUACAGUUUUGAUGCAGUGUAGUAGAGGUAGAGUGUCACCCCAGCAUUUCAACUCUCUUCUGAAGCAGCAGCAACAGCAGCAGACUUCUGAUAAAAUGUUGACAUCUCAGAAGUAUGACUAUUUCCUUGUGCUUGAUUUUGAGGCAACAUGUGAUAAAGGGAAACGUAUUAAGCCUCAGGAGAUCAUUGAGUUCCCAGUACUGAAGGUGAAUGCUAAGACAUAUCAGGAGGAGAGCAAAUUUCGGCAGUUUGUGCGGCCAACACAUAACCCAAAACUCACUGACUUCUGCACUGAGCUCACCAAGAUACAACAGGAAGAUGUAAAUAAGGCAAAGCCAUUUGAAGAAGUGUUUGAGGACUUCAAACAAUGGAUGGAGAAUGAUGUUGGACUGGACAAGGAGUUUCUGUUUGUGACGUGUGGUAAUUGGGAUCUGCAGACAAUGCUGCCGUCCCAGUGUACCCUCUGCAACAUACCCGUCCCUUACUACUGCAAAACAUGGCUCAACAUCAAAAAGUCAUAUGCCAUCAAGAAAAAGGAAUAUGUGAAUGGGAUGUUGCCCAUGCUAGAGGGGCUGAAUCUGACACACGAGGGUGUUCUCCACAGUGGUUUGGAUGACUGUAGAAAUAUUGCCAAAAUUUUGAAGGCUCUUGCUGACCUGAACUGUCGGUUUCUGCCAACUUAUUCCAUUGAGUGACUAUGCUGUGUCCAGGGGAAGGGGCAUACGUGUUACAUCACAUACAGAUGCACUAGUCGUUGAUGACCAUUUAUAUAUAUGGUACUGUAUGUAUAUAUACACACACAGCUCUUCUGGACAGAGUGGAGUCUAAGGCUCUUCAUCUCAUCAGCUCUCCUCCUCCUACUGAUAGCCUUCCACCUCCUAGAUUCUGUCGCGAUGUUGCUUCUCUUUCUAUCUUCUAUCGAUAUUUCCACGCUGACUGCUCUUCUGAACUUGCUAACUGCAUGCCUCCCCCCCUCCCGCUGCCCCACUGCAUGCGACUUUCUACUCAUGCUCAUCCCUACACUGUCCAAACCCCUUAUGCAAGAGUUAACCAGCAUCUUCACUCUUUCAUCCCUCACACUGGUAAACUCUGGAACAACCUUCCUUCAUCUGUAUUUCCUCCUGCCUACAACUUUAACUCUUUCAAAAGGAGGGUAUCAGGACACCUCUCCUCCCGAAAUUGAUCUUUCUUUCGGCCACCUCUUUUAAUUCUUUUUUGGGAGCAGCGAGUAGCGGGCUUUUUUUUAUUAUUAUUUUUUUUUGUGCCCUUGAGCUGCCUCCUUUGUAAAAAAAAAAAAAUAUAUAUAUAAAUAUAUAUAUAUAUAUAUAUAUAUAUAUAUAUAUAUAUAUAUAUAUAUAUAUAUAUAUAUAUAUAUAAAUAUAUAUAUAUAUAUGCAAAUGCUCAAAUGUCAUAAUUUUGAGCAACAGAUUGUUGAAGUUAGUGAAGAAGUUAUUCAAGUCUCCCAUGUAAAGUACAGUUCCUUUAAUUACUCCUCCACAUAUUUUUUUAAAUCCAACAGUUUAAGCUGAAAUUACUGAAUCCAUUAUUCUCCUUUAUUAUAAUUAAUUUCAUUUAGUUUAUGUAAAUCAAGUUUUGUAUUCUUAGUUGAACUGAGAUAGGUACAUAUUUGCCUUUCUCGGGUUUUGUCCUUCCUGUUCCUGUCGCUGAGAUAAACAAGUCUCACCAAGAAGAGAGAUCGAGCAGCCACCAGCCUUUCUCUACCCUCUGUUCACCUCCAGAUUAUAGCCACGGUGUUGAUAUUCAACACAGAUCUUUUACUGGUACCUGUUCAAUCACCACUGACAUCUGUCCCUCACCACAAUGUGUGUAAUUUAUUAUACAUUCUCAGUUCCCUUGCCCCCACCCUACCCCAUCCCAGGAGUAUGAGGCCUCAGUCUCCAGGUGUUGAGACACUUCUGAUUGUACCUGAGAGUUCUCUGCUGACUUUUGUACAAUAUUUUUCAAUAAAAGUUUGCCAAAUA